UAGCGGAGCCGAUCGAGUGAAUUAUGAGCCGAGCUAGUCAGCUAGCUAAUGUAUCGUGAUCGAAUGGGUAUGGAAAUUGGAAAGGGUCGGAAAGUGAAUGUUUAUAUUGAAUAAUAAGUUUUAUUUAUUGUAAAUUAAGUCAAAGUAUCCAAUAUGAUUGGAAAUGGUGGAUCAUUUGAUACGUGUGGGGCCAGUAACCCGCACAAUCUGAGCCGUUGAUCAAAAACAAGUGCAACCAAUUAUAUAUAAUAUAUAUAUGAUGCAUGCAGUUUUUCAGUUAUGAAUCUUUUGUCCCCACCAAACCGUAUAUAUUACCUACUCACUUCUACUACUACUACUAUAUACUAUCUCUCUCUUUAUAUACGGUAUGAAACACAUUAUUAUAUUUUAAUAUAAAGUUGUUAUUGUAUUUUUAAUAAAUAAAUAAAAUAAAAAGUUAUUGCUCUCUUUCUCUCUCUCUGUCUAUACACCUUUUCGCAAGUAUAAAAACACCCCUAGCUCUUCAUAUUCCACUACAAAAACAUUUUGACUCUCUCGAUCAUUUUAUACAUAUAACGAACCUACAUAGAGAGAGAGUUUAAUAUAUAUAUAUAAACAAAGAUGAAAUUGAACUCCAUCGGAGUGGUAAUUGGGCCAUGCAAAACCAGUUCCACACAUGGAUCAUCUUCCUCCUCAUCCUCAUCGUUCCGGUGCUGCACUCUCAGUACUACUCCUCAGCCAAAGGCCAAGAGAGUCAGAGUGCUCCCCGGAUUGAGUAUGGAAGAAAACCAUCAUCAUCAUCAUCACCACCGCAAUGAACAGAACAAUGGCGCCAAACUCAUCAGAAAGAAAUGGCAGGAGUACCAAGGUGUCAGAAACUGGGACGGUUUGCUCGACCCGCUUGAUGACAAUUUACGCCGGGAAAUACUCCGUUAUGGUGGUUUCGCCGAUGCUGCUUACAAGUCCUUUGACUUUGACCCUUCUUCUCCUUCUUAUGCCACAUGCAAAUUCCCCAAACGAGCUUUUCUCGAAAACUCCGGCCUUCCCGGAACCGGGUAUCGGGUCACCCGAAACUUGAGAGCUACUUCUGGCAUUAAGCUUCCCCGAUGGCUGGAUCGGGCGCCCAGUUGGGUUGCCACACGGUCCAGCUGGAUUGGUUACGUGGCAGUUUGUCAGGACAAAGAAGAGAUCGCUCGGCUCGGACGUCGUGACGUUGUGAUCUCUUUUCGUGGAACUGCCACGUGUCUCGAAUGGCUUGAGAAUUUACGUGCCACGCUGUCACAUCUCCCGUGCCAAACCAGUGGGUCCGAUUGUGAUGGGCCUGACGGGUGUGGGCCCAUGGUUGAAAGCGGGUUCUUGAGUCUGUACACAUCUGGUACGGAUCUCAACCCGAGUUUGCAGCAAAUGGUACGGAACGAAAUUGGCCGGCUCCUACAAUCUUACGGUGACGAGCCGCUGAGCCUCACCAUCACCGGCCACAGCCUCGGCGCAGCGCUUGCCACGCUGGCAGCUUACGACAUUAAAACCCACUUCAAUCGGGCUCCACUCGUCACCGUAAUUUCCUUCGGUGGGCCCCGCGUCGGCAACCGGAGCUUCCGGUGUCGUUUGGAGAAGCAAGGAACCAAGGUGUUGAGAAUAGUGAACUCUGAUGAUGUGAUCACUAAAGUUCCCGGUUUCGUUUUCGAAGAUUGCCACGCGUCGAGACCGGAUGAAUUCCACGUGGCAGGCCUGCCUAGCUGGAUUCGGAGGCAAGUUGAGGAUAGCAGUCCCAGUUGGGUGUACGCCGAAGUGGGAAGAGAGUUAAGGCUUAGUAGCAGGGACUCUCCGUAUGUCAAUGGGUUUAAUUUUGCCACUUGUCACGAUCUCAAAACGUAUCUUCAUUUGAUCGACGGUUUUGUGAGCUCCAAGUGUCCUUUCAGAGCUACAGCUAGUAAAAUGCUGGGCAAACAUGCCCGAUCAGAGAAUCUUGCCAGAGUUUAAUAGCACUCCCUAGCUAUACCUUUUUCAGUCCGACCUUAAACGACAGUAUUUUGAACUUUCUUUUUUCACCUAAAAACGGCGACGCUUUAGUCAAAUUUUGUAUAUACAUGCUUGCACACUUUCUUUUGUUUCAGUUUUAUUGACGCGGGGUGCGCAAUGUACAUAACAUAUUCUUUGUAAAUGAAAAUCCUUUACUUUUUACGCCCACGUGAGUGAAAUUUUUCAAAAUAAGAACUGAAUUUUGUGAGUAAAUGGAGUCCUAUAAAUACUUUAUUAAAA